AUAGUUGUCAUAUGGCACGCAGAUCGUGCCACGAUCACUGUGAAUGACGUGGAGCUAGGUUAGGUUACCCGUUGGUGGCACAAUUGCUGCCCAAUAUUUAUCCACCAUAAACAUUCAAUUUGUUUGGUUAAAGUGAAUAAUCCACGAAUCUAGUGAAUUGUAAAUAUGUUCGAAAUCACCGACACACAGAAAAUUGGUGUGGGCCUCGCAGGCUUUGGAAUGUUCUUCCUCUUCCUGGGGGUUUUGUUGCUAUUUGAUAAGGGUCUUCUUGCCAUAGGAAAUCUUUUAUUCAUAUCCGGUCUAGGAUGUGUAAUAGGACCAAAGAGAACGUUUAGUUUCUUUUUUCAACGACACAAAAUGAAGGCCAGUAUUGCUUUUUUGGGUGGAGUUAUUAUUGUUCUCAUUGGAUGGCCAAUUGUUGGAAUGAUUUUCGAAAUUUAUGGAUUUGUGCUUCUCUUCAGUGGAUUUUUACCAGUAGCUAUAAACUUCCUCCGCAGAGUUCCCAUUCUCGGAACGUUCUUAAACAUGCCAGGAAUCAGCAGGAUUCUGGAUAUGUUGGCUGGUGACUCCAAUAGGACAACAGAAUUCUAGCAUCAGAUUCCCGAUGUGCAUGUUCAGAAAAUAUUUCGAUCUAUUUCCAUAAACCUCCAGCUAUCGAAUUUUUUUUGCGUUAUUUUUUUCUAUCCCACCAUCAGAACUAACUACCAGAUAAAAGAUGAACAGAUUCCUCGUUGGUUAUCUGUCUACUGUUGUAAUAAUUAGCGUUGCUCUCACUCGGGAGAAUUUCAUUGACGUAUCGUUAAAAACCAGAAUGACGUAGGGAGGUAGUAAAGUGUCAUGUGAUCGACCUCGAUCCUUGGCCCCUCAGAUACCGCGCAUUUAUUCGCUGUGACAAAACUGGGCUAGACAAAUAUUAUUUAAUCGUUGAGCAAGCAAAUACUCAUCUACUUUGACAUAAAAAUAUUUUAAGGCCGAUUCAUUUUCUCGACGUUUUGUAUUAGUAAUUUUCUGAAUUAAAAAUUAUCCGGGGAACCUACUUGAAUUUUCCUAAUGCAAAACACCACGAAAAAAAUGGAAGAAACCAGUUAAGCACCAAAUAAAAGAUGAGAAAAUGUAGUUUCCACUUUUUUUUAUUGAUUCGACAUUUGAUCUGCAUACAUCCUAACAUGAACAGAAGUAGAUGCAUACACAGACUCAUUGUUUUUUCAUUAUCUUACACACUGAUGUCUGGAGUGCGAAUUAAUUAUUUUAUUGAGUUAAUCAUCCCCCUAAACAUGGUGUACUUUUUGUUCACGGAUAUCGUUGAAUGAUCGCGUCAUAUUUUCUCAUGUAAUUAUUACGAAUUAUUAAUUAUCUACAAUGGGCCGAGAAUAAAGGGCGGGGGCAGCCCAGGUCUACGCACCCCGCCAUCGUCGUCGAUGGUUCUUCUCUGUUGUGUUGUUGUUUUUAUUUAAUAAAUCGUCGCGCGUCCCUCUCAAUUGUGUCUUUUUGAUUUAAAUUAAUUAGGUUUAAGUUUCGUCGCUGUUAAAUCUUCACAUAUUCACCUUGAUUCGCUCGUACAGCGAGCACAUUCUGAAUCUCCCAUUUGUUUUUAAAUCAGUCAUCAACAUGAUGAGUCGACAGACUUGCGUCUGGAUUGAAUUAGAUUAAAUUAUGAAUGUUCUAGUUUUGUUUAUUUUUUUUUAUUUUUUUUUUCGUUAGGCAGUCGUUUUGAGGGACGUGCCGUUAAAUUUCACAAAUGUUGUCACACUCGCGAUCCGCUCGCAAGCGAAGCUUUGUAUUAAUUAAAUUAAAAUUCUGCUAUUUUCUUUAAUUAAAUAAUCGUGUACCGGGAGUCGCUGCAAUGAAUACUGAAUCCGGUAAUAAAUUUAAAGAAAAAAGAAAGAACGAAAA